AUGGAAUAUUUCUAUUAUGAGUAGGCUAAAACUAUUAGAGUUGCUCAAUUUAUUUGGUCUAAUUAUUUAGCAUAUUUUAUAGCAAAGGCCUUAAUUGUUCAAAUACCUAUUUUAGCUAAAGCUCUUGUUCUCUAUACUUUUAUUCUUCUUAUUUUAGUUAAGCAUUUUGUUAUUUAAUUUAUGCCUCUUCUUCUUAAAUUUUCAAAAUCUAUUAUUUUAAGCUUUCAUUUUCUUAUUACAAUUGAAUAUGUUGUUAACUCAAUUAAUUACCAUUAAUUGGUUUAUAUGUAUUUUCUAGGUUUUAUUAAUUUUUCUAUUCAUAGAUUAUUUUACCUUAAUAACAGAAUCUAUGUAAUCUCUCAUUUGAAGAAUCAUAUGCUAUGUGUACAGAUUACUUGCUUUUUUCUACUACAAAUAAUGUCUUAUCCAUUUUAUUCCUAUUAUCUGAGAAAUAUUUGUUUGCUGAAAUAGUAAUUUUAUCUGGUUUUGCUAAUAAAACUUUUAUAUUCAUUUUAAGGAUAUUGCUUAACUUUUAAACAUUUUCUUUGUCAUAUUUUUCUAUCAAUAAACUAUUUUACUGAGAUUAAAACUAAAUAUAUGUAGUUGCAAAUGGUAUAAAUGCAGUAAAUAGUUAAUCAUUCUCAAUCAAAUAAAAUAUUUGUUAUCUAAAAUUGA